CAUCACUAACUUGAUUUUGUGGCGGGGUGGACCGUGGAGCUGUAAAUAGAGGAGUAAAAAAUGGCGUUGAUUAACCAACACGAUGAAGAAGAGAUGUUUGGGCUCAGAGAAGCAGAAGUUUUUUCAGCGCCCAACUCAGGGUCUGAAGAAGAUUAUGAUGAUGAUGUUCCAGAAGGAGAGAGAGCUUCAAAGCCAACAAAUCCUGAUGAUGCAGCUGACGCUAAUGCUGCCAAAGUAAUCAAACCUAAGCGGAUUGUCAAGAACCCCCAGCCAAAGUUUGAUGCUGCCAGAUUAUGUGGACCUCGGGGUAUUGGUGUGGUGCAGAAGUUCCUCUCCAACGCUCCUUACCGUGGCAAAGGCUAUGAAACUGAAGACCUUGGUAUUCUCCUGCAGAAGCUCAAGCACUGGGCUCAUAGAUUGUACCCUAAAUUGCCUUUCGCUGACACUAUUGCACAAAUUGAAAAACUUGGUAAUAAAAAACCAGUGCAAGUUAAUGUGAAGCGAUUGCGCAUGGACAUGUACGAAACUCCAAAAGAGGAUGCUGAGGCAGGUGAAGUUGUAGACGACGUUGAACGCGUCGGUGAUAAUUUGGUAACUGCUGAGGAUGACGAGCCCGACGUGUUUGACGAGCUACUGCGCCAGUCUGGUGCCUCUCUGUCUCUCCAAGAGAGAGUCGCCCAAAACAGUUCAAGUUCUCAGCCUUCUGUGCCGAUCUCUCAGCCCGUGACCCUGAGUGCUGAAGUCAGAGAGCGAAUUGAACGGAACAGACUACUUGCAUUAGAACGACAGCGUGCCAAAAUAGCCUCGGCUGAUACAAGUUCAUCAAGUUUUCUCGCCAAGACCACUUCAAAUGCUGGAUUGUCAUCUCCAAGUACCGUGUCUCUUGGCUCAGGAAAAAGAAAGCGAAAUAUCCAUGAUGAUUCUGAUGAUGAGGCAGUCCAGCCUACCCAGGAAGAGGUGAGGCGUCUUCGUAACAACCUCCUGAAUGCUGUUACAGCGUCUCAGAAUUGUUCAACAACUAACGUUGAGACAUCGCCAUCAGGCGACGGUUUUGAUGACGAAUUUGAUGCCAUGGAAAUAGAUGCUGCCCUGGAUGCCCUUGAAGAUGCUGAGCCAAAAGACAAUGGCAUGUCGAUUAAAACCUCAAAUGAGAAUGUGUCUUCCAAUGAAAGAAAUUCAUUAGCCAACGAGAAUAACCCUAUCACUGAUGUCAACUUGACUCCUUGUGCUCAUGGAAAUGGUGCUUCAUUUGACGAUGAUGUUGCCUUAUUGGGUACUAACAAUGCUUCUGUGGACUUGCAUUCAUCUAGCUGUUUGGAUUCAAAUAUUGAUAUAAAUCGUUCACAAGAACGCUCCGAGUCAGCAGCUGCUGAUUUAAAUUCCGAGAGUAGUGACUUGAUCUCUUCAGUAAGAAGUCAUGACACUGUGCUUGAUAAUUGUGAGCCAUCUGCUGCUGAAAAGCAGCUUUAUAAUACUCAGUCAUCUGAUGUAAUUUUAGGGGAUUCUGCUGCAUUUGUUGAUACCGACGAUGCCGACACAAACUUUUCAUCAGAAGUCAAUGACUUGGAAUCCUCAUUCAGCACACAGUCCAAUACACUUAAGCCACAUGCGACUACAAAUUCCCAAGCAAAUCCUCUGAAUGAUUCUCAGAAGUUGGAUGAUCCUGAGUCUACGAGCAACUCUUUACCAUCUACGGUUCUUCUUUCUGAGGCAUCUCUACCUGGAAGUAAUGUCGGUGAAGAAAAUCUUUCCUCCAAUGCAUCGGUUGCAGACAAUGAAUCUCAGCCAACGUCUGAAGACAUUCCCGAGUUGAUAGCGAGGGUACAUGACAGUGCAAUGGCUGAAAAUGUUAUUUCUGACGACUGUGACGUUUCUAGGUAAUUAAACAUAUGAUUACAAAAUGAUACGAUUGUUUUGGGAACAAUAUUGAGUGUUGAGAGAGCUGAUGGAAUGCAUCAUUUACUCAUGUUUCUCAUGUUCAAGAUCCUUGGCGUUGAUGAGCUUAUUUGGUUUCGUUUUAUAUUGAUUUGUGCGGAAUUUGAACUCUAAUAUCAUUGCAAUUAUUGUGUGGAUAACUGCGGGUAGUGGAAAUUAAUACAUCUGUAAGUUACCUGCUGGAAUAAAAAUCCUGUCUCAUCACAGGUUUUCUUGAGGUAUAAUUAUUAGUGUCUAUCCGUGUUUUUCCUUUGUAUAUCUACCUACUCCUACAGGCUGGUCAAUUAUUGUCCGAUCUAAUCACUGUGUGGUCAACUUGUAGGAGCUUUUCUUAAGUGUCCGAGUUUCUCACAUGUCGCAGGGCGAUGCUUCCUUGUCUUGGCAGCAAAGCAUCUAGGGAGACCUGGAGUUCUAACUAUUGCGUUGAAUCGAGUUGGUUGUCUAAAAAACUUGCUACAUUAUACUCGCUUGUGUCUAGAAACUCGCGGGUACGAUUUUUUAAUUUUUAUUCAUGUAAAUGGAGGUCGUUAUUAUAACUGCUCAGUGCUGU